GUGGCGGUUUCAGCGGCGCCCUGCCAAGGGCUGAAGGCGCGCAGGGAAGCGGCGGACGCGGAACGGUUCGGUUCGCACAAACGCUGCAAGGCGCUUCCCAGCUCCUCCUGGGGCAGCAUAGAGUCAAAUACUCGGAGCUGUAAACAGGCAGUGGUUCUGAGAAAUGGACGAGGGCGUUUUUCAAGCUUAUGAAGAUGAAAUCCAGGCACUGGAAGAAGAAAUUAGGCUGUUGACAGAAGAGUAUGAGGAUAUGCGACAAGAAUCCGCCUUCUUUUCUGAUGAGGAGAUACUGAAGUCAAUAAAAUUGUUCCAAAGAGAAGCUCAGGAAAAAACCAAGGGACAUGAAUCUCCAUCAGACCUGAAAGCUCAGCUUGAAAGUCUAGAAGCAGAUCUCUCAUUUUUAACGGAAUUUACUGGGUUUCAUUUCACAAGUCAUUCCAAGAAAACAGUGGAAAAAACUCAAAACAGGACAGUGCAGAAGCACAGAUUAUCAGGGAGGUGUCACUCCCUGCCUUUUCAACUGGAAUUCCAGCUUCUUGAAAUGCAGAACAAUGAGAAAGUGUCUGCUGUUGUUAGUGAUCUCAGCAUUAUCAUGGAAUCCAGAGAAGAUUCAAAUGUGAGCAAGUUUGUGUCACGCACUGAAGAACAUGCAGAUCUUCUAACAUUUUUCAGAAGCUUUUCAACCUAUGCUGAGUGGCAUGAACAUCGUAGACACACCUUCCACCAUUUCAAGGCCAAGUAUCCUGACAUCGUGACCCUUCCAGAAGGAUUGCUGGGAGAUUUUAUAAUUCUGAGGAACCCCAAAGUUUCUGGGUUUGAACUGAUGAUUGUCUGGAAGAUCCAUCUUGAUGAAGAAGGGACCACUACACCUGUCCUGGACCUGCUGCCCAAAGUGCCAGAGCAAGUCCUGGAGCAGAGGAUGAGGAGUGUGGAGAGCAUCCCUGGCAGCUUCCGGAGCGCGCUGCGGCUCUUGGGCAUCGAGGCAGCCAUCGAGAACCUGAUCAAAGUGCUGGGCUCAGAAAAAUGAAUGCCAGCAUUACUUACACCAGGUAGCAAUUUCAAAAGUAGUUUUAAUUAAGAUAUUGUGUUACACAGUCUGUAAUUUUAUUGAAUAUAAACAUUAAGUUAUUUUCCAUUUAGAAACCAUACUCAUAAAACAUGCUAUCUGUACAAUUAUGGCACGUUAUAUAUAAAUUGUCAUGACAUGAAAAUAAAUACAGCCAUUUAAAUACAAAAAUGCCAAAUAAAAUAGUUACAUGUA